GCAUGUUGGAUGAAGCUGUCUGAGGAUUCUUUUGAGAACUAUUUUGAUUCAGACUUUGGAAAGAAAUUUAUAUUGAAAGAUGGAGCAGUGCCAACAAUAUUGGACACGACAGUAAUGUUGGCUUUGUUUGACCUAGUUAUCACAAAAAUGCUUCAAGUUACACACCAUCUGCUGAUGUUCACAAUAAUACCAGUCUUGUCACUGACACCAGAGAUAUUCUAUCCAUUUGGCUCAACGGCAGGAGACGCACAAGUUAAUGUUAAUGGUGAUGUAGGCUCUUCUCUUGUGAGCUUAUCCAGUCCAUUUAUGUUCUUUGGGCGUUCACUCAACCAAAUAUAUGUUAAUAAUAAUGGACUCCUCACCUUCCAGAGUGCAUUAGUAGAAGGUAACCCUUCCUCCUUCCCAGCCAAUAGCAAUGAGGAUUUCAUUGCUCCUCUCUGGACUGACCUUGAUGACUACGGGAUUGGUGUGUUCUCAUAUCAGCAGUACACAAAUGGAAAUGUACUCACUCGCGCCUCUCAGGAUAUACACCAGCAUUUCCCUGAUCUGAGCCUCAGUGCAACUUUGGUAUUUGUUGCUACGUGGGACUUUGCAACAGGCCCGGGAUACUUGUUUCAAGUGGUUUUAAUUUCAGGCAGUAAGUUUUCUUUUAUUCUGAUGAAUUAUGGUGACUGUGCUGUGCCAAGUCAACCAGUGCAGGCUGGCUAUGACACAGUAAAGUCCACACACUUCUUUGUAAUUCCUGGGUCAAACAAUACAAGCUACAUCCCACAACUCAAGAACACGAGUAACGUUAAUGUUCCAGGUCGUUGGGCCUUCAGAGUGGAUGGACUAGAUAUAUUCUAUCCAUUUGGCUCAACGGCAGGAGACACAGAAGUUUAUGUUAAUGGUGAUGAAGCUUCUCAAAGUGUUGUGCUAUCCAGUCCAUUUAUGUUCUUUGGGCAAACAUUCAGCCAGAUUUUUGUUAAUAAUAAUGGACUCCUUACAUUCAUGAAUUCUUUACCAGAGGCUAACCCUUACACUUUCCCGGCCAGUAGGAGCGAAGCUUUCAUUGCUCCUCUCUGGACUGAUCUUGAUGACUAUGGGCUAGGUGUGUUCUCAUAUAAUCAGUACACAAAUGGAAGUGUGCUCACUCGUGCCACUCAGGAUGUAAACCAGUAUUUCCCUGAUCUGAGCUUCACUGCGAGUUGGGUCUUUGUUGCAACUUGGGACUUUGUUGAAACUUGGAAUAGGACAAUAUAUAAUUAUCACUUAAACCCGUCUUUUCAGGGAUACUUGUUUCAAGUGGUUUUAAUGUCAGGCAGUGAUUUUUCAUUUAUUCUGAUGAAUUAUGGUGACUGUGCUGUGCCAAGUCAACCAGUGCAGGCUGGCUAUGACACAGUAAACUCCACACACUACUUUGUAAUUCCUGGGUCAAACAAUGCGAGCUACAUCCCACAACUCAAGAACACGAGUAAUGUUAAUGUUCCAGGUCGUUGGGCCUUCAGAUUGGAUGGUAUUCAAAAAUACAAUAUCAUUGGACUUCAAGUGGGACUUACCUCAUUGAUAAGCCUAACAGAGAAUGAAAGCAUUCAGAUUGUUUUAGAUAAACUAAAACAGGAGCUGAUCAAACAUGGUCUGCCGAACAGCACAGAGGUGAAUUUAAGAAGUCUUCAAAAGACAAAGCCCUAAUAUUAGUCUCACAAGGAAAUAAAAGAGAGAUGUCUCGGACAACAAAUAUGUUUGCCACUGAAGAUGUAAAAACUGAUAAAGAGAAAUGAAUGUAGCUCAUCAGAAAGUGCUAACCCUUUAACUCACUUUCUGUCUAUCAAACACAUGCUGUAGACAACCCACAUACACAUUCGCACGCAAAUCAGCUGUGAUGCACAAAAAAACAAACUUCAAUUUACAUUUGAAAUUUGAAUAUAAAUUACAUAAUAAGUUGCACAACAUUUAUUAUACAUCAGUUAGCUCUGGUCCUGUUAACGCUCUAAGAGAAACAUCCCACAAGUGUAGAUAUUUAGUAUCACAGCACUGUGAUGAUUCACAAUAUGUAUCAAUCCCCUUUCUGUGUUGAAGUCAUUCUAGACCACAGUAUGUGAAUGGUGCGAAAUGGAAACAGAGCAGGAAGCAGAGUUGUGUAAUUUUGACUGGAGCUCACAGCACUUUUUUGUUUUUCAACGUUGGAGUGUAGGCUAAGUGUUUUCUCUUGCUUUCACGUCACUCGGAGGGGGGUCUCUCUCACCAGUGAGUGAAGAGCAAACGGGAAGUGGGAAAUGGCAAACUCGGAGUGGAGUUGAACUGAUAACAGAACACUUUGAGCGAAGAAGGAAAUUGCUGUUGCUCCAUUCCACUCACAUACUGUGUUCCAGUUUGUGAAUUACUUGCCCACACGCAAAAACUCGAUACUAUGGCUUUUUUCUGGAACUAAUUUUAUUGGCAAAGAAAAACAAAGUCUAUGAAUUAAAGAGCCAAAUUGUUCCUGACAGAUAAGUACCUACAAGGGAUGUUCCGAUAUAGGAAUCGGAUACUCGUAAAAUGCUCCAAUACCAAAAACCGAUAUCAUCUGACGUACAAAUGUCAUUAUGUAAACAUUCAGUGCACAAACUAAAAUCAUGUUAUGUCCUAGUGAGAUUAUUGUACCGCAAAAGCUGUGAUUUAAUUAUAUAAAUAUAUAUUUUGCAUGAGUGUGGUGCUGACGCCAGCUGCACGUACCUUUUAAAGCUCCACCUUGGCUCAUACAGGGAAAACACUGUCUUGUGCUUUGAGCGCUCUAUUUGUAGCAGAUGACAGAGCGCAAAUACACUUUGUAGCGCGAGGAGUAGCCUACAUAUUUAUUUAAAUAGCAGCCUUUUGUGGUUUAAUAAUCACUUUCCCUGCAUCCGAAAUCACGUACCAUCACAGUAUGUACUGCAUUUAAUGAAGCACAUACUUAUCUGUCUGCAAAACAGUAUGUUCUUUUGCAUGCGAGUAGUAUGAAUAGAUUUUGGACAUACUUCAUCCGGGGACUUGAGCAUUGUCUCGUGACCCACAUAUAUGAUGUAAGAACAACAACCGCAAAAACGAUCUGCUCUGGUUUUGUUAAACAAGCACCAUUUAAGCACAUGUAACAAUUAUUUUGGCAUAUGGAGCACUUACAGUUGAGAAGAGCCGUCUGCUCUAAAUUCAGCGUUUUGAACGUGACAUCGCCUCAGCUCCCGAGGGAUUACGGGAUUGUUCACGGGAAGUGUCCAGUCGAUCCGCACUUCAGAAUCUCAUUGGAAAUAGUUUGUCAUCUUGGUACUUCUUGCUUACUGCUUCAUGAAUACUGUGGAUUCAGACAUACUACUCCAUUGGAAUACUGUUUUUGGCAUCCUAUAUAGUAGGGAAGUAUGGAUAUUCGAACGCAGCAUUUGAAUCAUGUAGGGACCGUCUUUUCCGGAGUGGGAAGCUCGCCAUAACAUCAGAGCUCCUUGGUCAUAACACAGAAACACUUCAAAAUAUGAACAUGCCACACGACUUCUUGUUCAGUCAUAACUAGACUGGACUACUGUAACGCUCUCAUUGCAGGCCUCCCUGCAUGUUCAAUUAGACCCUUGCAAAUGAUCCAGAAUGCAGCAGCACGUCUGGUCUUUAAUGAACCAAAGAGAGUGCAUGUUACACCACUCCUUGUCUCUCUUCACUGGCUGCCGGUUGCUGCAUGUAUCAGAUUCCAGGCUCUGAUGCUGGCAUAUAGAACAAUCACUGGGUCUGCUCCAGCAUACCUAAAAUCAUUUCUGCAGAGCUACGUUCCCACCAGAAGCCUGCGGUCAGCUAAUGAGCGGCCAACACAAAGAGGCACCAAAACACUUUCCCGGACUUUCGGUUUCACUGUACCACAUUGGUGGAAUGACCUUCCCAACUCCAUCUGUGAAGCUGACUCACUCUCUGUCUUCAAAAAACGGCUAAAAACACAUCUUUUCCGUGAGAACUUAAUCAUUCACUCACAAAAAAAAUAAAAUAAAAAUAAUAAUAAUUAUAUAUAUUCUUGUUGCACUCUAAUCUGUCUUGAAUACUAUUAUUCUGAUGCUAGUGAAACUUUGUAAUGCAGCACUUUUCGUACCUCUUUCUCCUUAAGAUGAAUCGCUUAUGAUGUAUUAUUCCUCUUUUUUAAGUCGCUUUGGAUAAAAGUGUCUGCCAAAUGAAUAAAUGUAAAAUAAAAGCUCCGCCAAAAUGAAAGCUCAAUUUAAAUAAAAAAAAGUAUGACAGAAAUGUAAUAUUCACUGUUGUACUACUACUACUACCACCACCACCACUUUUACUACUACUACUACUACUAAUAAAUCAAUAGUAAUUGUAUUAUAUUUAAGCAAUAUCUCACAUAUGUGAUGCUCUGUAGUGCAGCACUUGAUUUGACAAAAAUAACUUCAAUGUAUUUUAGAUUGUGCUGUGAGGUUCUGAAUAAAAGCACUUCAUUUGAUAAAAAAUAAUACAAUAUCAUUUUGAAAAUUAAUUGUUAUACUUGCAUUUGAUUAAAGUUUUAAUUGAUUUAUUUUUUUAAACACCAUUUUGAUGAUAAAACUGAAAUAAACGCUUUAUAUGCAGGUCAGAAAAAUCACUGCAACUGCAACUUUUAAAUGCAGGCAACUUCAUAAGUAGCAUAAGUGGAUUAGUGUGUAAAACUGAUAUUAUUAAUGACAUUAUUAAUAAACAAAUAACAGAUGUACAGUAUUUUAACAUAAUUAUACUGCAGAGAAAUAUAUUAACAUUAACACGCCAUAGAAUAGCAACUGUUCUGAUACAUUUACAUUGUAAACAUAGGCUAUACUUUUUGUAUUGUUGUUUUGCUGUUAACCCUUUCUAUGUUAAACAAACUUCACAUAAUCUACUUUAGGACAUUUCUGAGUAAACCAUGCCAUAUGUUUAAAUAAAUAGGCUACUUCAUGUGUAUUUGGUAAAUUCUAUAGACAAAGCCCUCCAAGAUAUUUAUUUUGUGAUUCAUGAGACAGACAGGCUUAACAAAGGCUGAGGAGAAAAAAUUAAUCAGUGGUCAAAUGUUUUGCAUAUAUUUUGGUAGACUUGUGUAUAUAUUGUGAUAUGCAUGCGCUAUAAUUUGUAUGUCUUUACACACACAACUAUGAAAAUGUACAGUGACAAAACAGCACAAGAGAAUAGAUCACUGAACAGAAAAUGAGAGAAGACCAAGUGUGAAACAUUGAGUAACUGUAAGUAAGCCAACAAAAAACGUAACUGCAUAUGGCAUUUUCCCAGUGUGCCUGUGUGUUCCUGGAAAAUACAAUGCAUAAUGUAUCUGAAAUGUUUUAUUUACGUAAUUGCUUUUGUCAGUUUAUGGCACCUGCACACCUAAAAGUGAUAAAGUCUUUCUUCAUUUAGCACAGAAUAAAAUUAGUCUCCCAAAAAAUUCCCUUUAUUAAAAACAAAAAACAAACAAAAACAAGGAGAUUGUAGGUAGGCUACAUUUGAUAGAGUAAAGCUUAUUUUAGUUUAAUUGUGCCUCUGGUUCCAGCUUACCUUUAUAUGUUCCUUUGAUCACCACGAGGGGGAGACACAGGCUUGAUGUGGGUUUUUCAUGAAUAAUUCAAAACAGUGAAUUCUGUGAAAGCUCAAAACUUUACAUUGCAACCUAUUUGUUAGUUGUGUUUAAUUAUCCGUGUUAUUAAAUACAAGAUUCUUAUU